UUUCUUAAAAAGAUGAAAAAAAGUCAGAUCAAAUGAAAGGGUCAAUCUAGUCUUUUCAUGAUGAGGGGAGUGACGACAGAGAUGAAAUAAAAAAUGUUCUAGAAGUUCUUGUACUAGAGAGACUGACUAGAUGACUAAAACAGUAAGACUAGAUUCACCAACCAAGUGUUUUUCUUUUCAUAUUCACUUUCUAAAUAAUUUCAUCAAAUGUAAGUUUUAGUAAAAACAAGCAUACAUUUACACAUUAUUCUCAACUUUCAUUACAUAUCAUUAAUCACUCUAAAACUUACAAAUUAAUUAUAUCUAAAAUUUUAUCUCGCAAAAAAAUUUCACUAGCCAACUUUGUCCUUUAAGAAAAAAAUAUAUUCUUGAAGUUGCAUUCUUGAUAAUUAUUUCGCACAUUUCAUUCACAAUUUACUAUUAAACUCACUAUUCACCAUCUCAUUAAUUAUAUUUUUGAUAGUAACAAAUAAUUCAUUUUCCAUUAACUUUAUAAGAUCAUCUUUGUUUUUUUUUACCAUGUUUAUCAUGUAAAGAAAACGCAUACCAAAUCUUUUUAUAAGAUCAGAAGAUUCUAUCUUUCAUUUUGGAGUGGCAAAAAAUUUAACAAAUUAAGAAAUCAAACGCAUUCCCACUUCUCCUCGUAUCGUAGGAGUCUCCUAAAAUUUAACAGAUAAAGCUCAGUCUAGCGAUCCGUUUGACAAAUGGUAAUGGAAUAGAAGAAUCCCCCUUCCCUUCCUUCGCCGGCUUCCAUUUCUUCUACCCAUUUCUCUCUCCAUCCAUCCCUUGUUCGAACAGUCUUUCUCUUUCGUGCUGUUUACUCCCAUCAGUAAUGGCGACGCCGAAACCCCAGAGGUCCCCCGAAGAAAUUGAGGACAUAAUCCUCCGCAAAAUCCUUCUAGUCACGCUCGCUCCUCCUGCCCAUGGCGCCGAUCCAAGAAUCAAUUACUUGGAGAUGACCGCUGCCGAGAUCCUCAGCGAAGGUAAAGACUUGAGGCUUAAUCGCGAUGUCGUAGAAAGGGUACUAAUUGAUCGCUUGUCCGGCGAGUUCCCUGACGCCGAAGCUCCGUUUGCUUACCUACUCGGAUGUUAUCGCCGGGCUGUUGAUGAACUGAAGAAGGUCGCCAAUAUGAAGGAUAAAACCGUCAAAUCUCUGGUGGAGGCUUCUAUCAAGCAGGCUAAGAAGCUCUUUGUUAAUUAUGUUAGAAUUCAUUUGGGAAAUCCGGAGUUGUUUCCUUCGAGUUCACCAUCUCUCGCUGGUAAAUCCACUAUUUGCAGCCUCACGCCUUUGAUUUUUGGAGCGGUUGAUAGAAGUGGGUUUGGCGGUGGUGGAGGGAGUCAGCCACCGCCUCCUGGGUUUCUUGAUGAGUUGUUUUCAGAGGCUGAUUUUGAUAGCUUGGACCCUAUAUUCAAAGGGCUUUAUGAGGAUUUGAGAGGUCAUGUCAUAAAGUUAUCAGCUUUGGGGAACUUUCAGCAGCCAUUGGCUGCACUGUUGUAUUUAGUUAAGUUGCCGGCUGGAGCUAAGUCGCUAGUGAAUCAUCCUUGGUGGAUUCCAAAAGGGGCUUACUUGAAUGGAAGAGUGAUUGAAAUGACUAGUAUACUUGGACCCUUUUUCCAUGUCAGUGCGUUGCCUGAUCAUACCAUAUUCAAGAGCGAGCCUGAUGUUGGACAGCAUUGCUUCUCGGAAGCAUCAACUCGUAGGCCUGCUGACUUAUUGUCUUCAUUUACUACUAUCAAGACAGUUAUGAAUAACUUAUAUGAGGGUCUCUCCGAAGUUCUUCUUACUCUACUUAAGCAUGCCGACAUUCGUGAGCAUGUCUUGCAGUAUCUCGCAGAGGUGAUCAACAGAAAUGCCUCCAGAGCACAUAUCCAGGUUGAUCCCAUAUCUUGUGCAAGCUCGGGCAUGUUUGUCAGUCUCAGCGCUGUUAUGCUUCGACUCUGUGAACCCUUUUUAGAUCCACAUUGCUCAAAGAUUGAUAAAAUUGAUCCAGGAUAUGUGUUCUACUGUAACCGAUUGGACUUAAGAGGGUUAACAGCCUUACAUGCAUCAUCAGAAGAAGUUGCUGAGUGGAUUAAAAAUGAUAGUUCUGGGAAAGCUGAUAUAAAUUCUGGAUCUGAUGAUAUAGAAAACCGUGUGGUCCAAUCACAGGGAGCCAGUAGUUCUGGUUCCAAGCCUGCAUCAACUGGUGGUAAGGCUUCAUACGCAUUUAUAAGUGAAUGCUUCUUUAUGACGGCAAGGGUGCUCAACUUGGGCAUGCUAAAAGCAUUUUCCGACUUUAAGCACUUGGUUCAGGACAUUUCAAGAUCUGAGGACACUCUAUCGACAUUAAAAGCAUUGCAAGAACAGUCACCUUCACCGCAAAUGCAAAUGGAUAUUGCUCGCCUCGAGAAGGAAUUAGAAUUAUAUUCUCAGGAAAAACUUUGCUAUGAGGCACAAUUACUGAGGGACCCUACUCUUAUUAAGCAAGGGCUCUCGUUCUACCGAUUGAUGGUGGUUUGGUUGGUCAGCCUGGUUGGUGGAUUUAAAAUGCCUCUUUCAUCUACUUGCCCCAUGGAAUUUUCAUCGAUGCCUGAGCAUUUUGCGGAAGAUGCGAUGGAGUUACUUAUAUUUGCUUCUCGAGUCCCAAAAGCUUUAGAUGGAGUCAUUCUGGAUGAUUUUAUGAACUUCAUAAUCAUGUUUAUGGGAAGUCCAACACACAUUAGGAACCCAUAUCUCAGAGCAAAGAUGGUUGAAGUGUUGAACUGCUGGAUGCCCCGUGGGAGUGGUUCAUCUGCUACAACUAGUCUGUUUGAGGGACACCAAUUAGCUCUCAAGUAUCUCGUGAGGAAUCUAUUGAAGCUUUAUGUUGACAUUGAAUUCACUGGUUCGCACACUCAGUUCUAUGACAAGUUCAAUAUCCGACAUAAUAUUGCUGAGCUCCUAGAGUAUCUGUGGCAGGUCCCUAGUCAUCGUAACGCCUGGAGACAGAUAGCAAAGGAAGAGGAAAAGGGAGUUUACUUGAAUUUCUUGAACUUCUUGAUCAACGAUAGUAUAUAUCUUUUGGAUGAAAGUCUGAACAAGAUUCUUGAACUGAAAGAACUGGAAGCUGAAAUGUCGAACACGGUGGAAUGGGAACGGAGACCAGCUCAGGAGAGGCAGGAAAGAGCCCGGCUAUUUCACUCCCAAGAGAAUAUCAUCCGGAUUGAUAUGAAGCUGGCAAACGAGGAUGUGAGUAUGCUGGCCUUCACAUCUGAGCAGAUAACAGUACCUUUCUUACUCCCUGAGAUGGUGGAACGAGUGGCCAGCAUGCUGAAUUACUUCUUAUUACAACUUGUGGGUCCACAGAGGAAAUCUCUUACUCUGAAAGACCCUGAGAAGUAUGAAUUUCGUCCAAAACAGCUCCUGAAGCAGAUUGUCCAAAUAUACGUUCAUCUAGCUAGAGGUGAUAAAGAAAACAUAUUCCCAACUGCCAUUUCAAAGGAUGGAAGGUCAUACAAUGAACAGUUAUUUAGUGCUGCUGCUGAUGUUCUUCGAAGAAUUGGUGAAGAUGGGAGAAUCAUACAUGAGUUUGUUGAACUUGGUGCAAAAGCAAAAGUUGCUGCCAUCGAGGAAAUGGAUAGUGAAGCUGCUCUUGGGGAGGUACCGGACGAGUUCCUUGACCCCAUCCAGUACACACUGAUGAAAGACCCAGUUAUACUACCUUCUUCAAGAAUUACCGUGGACAGGCCUGUCAUCCAAAGACAUCUCCUUAGCGACAGCACGGACCCCUUCAACCGUUCGCAUCUUACAUCUGAUAUGCUGAUACCGGACGUGGAGUUGAAGGCAAGAAUCGAAGAGUUCAUCAGAUCUCAACACCUUAAGCGGCAUAGUAGCGACGACUUCAGCAUGCAGAGCAGCAAAGCAUCCAUGCAAACCACUGCCGGGGACAUGUUGAUUGAUUGAUUGAUAGGAACUAGGAAGGAAGGACAAUUCGUUCAGGGUAAACUUCUAUUGAAUGCUUCAAAAUCAGGAUUUUCUCCUUCACUUUUGUAACUAUAAAUCUUCCAAGUUCCUCAAUCCCAUUGCACAUAAGUUUAUUGAGGCCUCUUGUAGAAGUUUGCCUACCAUUACAUUACAUUUAUGUCAUGUUCACUUCCCAUUUCGUUUUCUGUUUUUUUGUUUAAAAAAUAAAAAUCAAGAAACAAAUGACAAAAAACGUGUUCACCUGCCAUUUCGUUUUCGUUUAAAAAAAUCAUUUGUUACGAAUGAUAAAGCUUUGGGAAAACAAUAAAUACUUGUUUUCUGA